AUGGCAAGUAUACUGCCUCAGCCCGUCUCAGGUCCGCGGUUGCAGUUUCGACCGCUUAUUUCACCCUAUUCCGUUUGGUUGGCUAGCUAUCUAGGUCGGCCAAUAUGUACUGAUAAAUUGACAGCAAUAGGAGAUAGGAUAUCAUAUGCUAGAGUCCUCAUUGAGAUGUGCAUAACUCAGCAACUUCCAGAGUUGAUAACUAUUGAAAAAUCUGAUGGAACCAUAUGGGAGCAAGACAUAGACUAUGAGUGGAAGCCUAGGUUCUGUCAAAACUGUGCGCAUUUUGCGCAUUUCACUAAAAGUUGUGGAAAAGAGGAUCAGCAGGAACAAAAUGUCCAGCAGAAAGGUCAGAAAAAAGGGAAGCAGAAGCCAUCACAGGAGAAGAAAGAAUGGAAGGUUAAGCAGGACAAACCAAAUAUCAAGCCACAAGAUCCUAUUGCAGUUGAGGAAGAUCAUAGUGCUCAUACCAAAGUGCAAGUUCAAAGAAGUGGGAAGCAGGUAGUAGUGUUUCAAGGACAAAGGCAGGGAAAUCAGCAUGAGGUACAGAGUCACCAAGAGGAAGAUUUGGAUAGUGAUUUAGAGGAAACUCUGGGGAUAAACCAAUACUCAUCCUUGAGAUGUUAUGAAGAAGCAGUUGAAAAGAGAAUAGAUCUGAUUGGUUGCCUUGAGACUAGAGUUAAACAACAUAAAGCUGUAAAAGUUAUCAGAAAGUUUGGAAAUGAUUGGGAGUUCUAUACAGACUAUACUCAUGCCCCUAAUGGAAGAAUAUGGGUUGGAUGGAGGAGAGCUUCAGUUGUUGUGAAUAUUAGAUAUAGUACUGCACAGUUGAUUCACUGGAGAAAACCAUUGUGGGAUAAACUAAGGAACAUUAAAGGUUCUAUAAAUGGACCUUCGAUCCUAUUUGGAGACUUUAAUACCAUACUGUUUAGUGAUGAUAGAGUUAAUGGAGUACCAGUUCAUCCUGCUGAGACUGUGGAUUUCCAGAAUUGUAUCACAGAAGUGGGACAGGUGACUAGAAAAGGGUGGCUGUUUUCCUGGUGCAACAAAAGAGAUGAGAAUGAAAUGAUAUAUAGUCAUAUUGAUUGGGUGUUUGGUAAUGCUGAUUGGUUACAAACUUAUGGUAGUAUUGAAGCCAAUUAUCUGAAUUAUGAGUGUUCAGAUCACUCUCCCAUUGAUGCUUUCAAGGCAAUUGUUCAGAAUAUGUGGCAACAGACCAUUGAGGGGCAUUGUAUGUAUGGAGUGUGGCAGAAGUUAAAGUUGGUGGAAGCAGAGACUAAAUAG